AUGCUGGCACACACAGCCGGUCGCGCUGAGAAGAGUAACCCCGAGACUGAGCGAUCCACUGCUUGCAUCAAAAGGGAAGUCAGCGUGCUCUUUGUCUCUCAUCCUUCAGAACCUCUCACUGAAAACACCAUCCGAAGAAAUCCCCAGGGGAACAAGAGGACCGCGCUGUCUGCGCUUGACGUCCUUGGUAAGAAUGCACGGGGCCCCCCGCAGCAGAUGGAUCCUCUUUCAGAGCAGUCACCAGGGAGAAGUUGCAUGGGGAAAAUAAACGGCCAGGAGUAA